AGAAGGCGGGGAAGCGGGCCUGGGGGCGGGGGCCGGGCCGAGCACGGGGCUCCCCUCCCGGGCCCCGGGUACCCCUUGUGUCUGCUCCGCCUCUUUCUUCUCUCCCUGGGAAGGGGCGCUUCUUUCCAGAUGGCCGCCAGCCCGUAGGUUUCCUGAGUUUGAAGUUGGGCGUGUCUGCCGCCGCCCCUCUUUCUUGCCAAUUGAGGAUGUCCCUGCGCUCUGAAGUUGGUAGUUUCUCUUUUUGUGCGCGGGGCCGCACUGUCGCGGGUGCUAUCGCCCGCACUGCUUUGUUCCCAGAUAGAGGGGCUCCCAGGCUGAAGCUUUCCAGCUGGGAUGAAAUUGAGGAAGGGCAGCAGGGGGCCGGAUGAGCGCCCAGUGUAAGAUUUUUCUUUUAAGUGCUGGAGUUUUUAAGACAAGAGCAUUGGGACGGCUGGCCUUUUGUGCCAGUCGCAUUGCUUGUCAGUUGAGGUGGUAAAAGGACUAGCAAGAUUUGAGGUGCUUUUGGAGAGUUGUAAAGGCUUAAUGACAGAAAGGUCGUGUAUUGUUAUCGUGGAGGUAGAAGACAGUAGAGGACACCUUGAACGUUAGUCUGCUUGAGGGUUCUUUUGGAAUGUGGACUGGAUAUCUUUUCAGAGUUAGGUUGCCUUGAGAGUCAGGAGGCUUCUAUUUCUGAGGAAGCCCUUUCUUGACACCCAGUAUUUAUUUAUUUAUUUAUUUAUUUAUUUAUUUAUUUAUUUAUUUAUUUAUUCUGCUUCAAGAUGCCGGAUGUGGACAAGUACAGCCAAGUGUGCAUCUGGCCGUCCUUAUGCAUCUGCAUGUUUAAAUGCGGAGGCUUAAUUUUACUAUCAGCCUGCAUAUCGGUUUACGGUUUCUAAUGAUUUGUCUAGGCGUUCGUAUCUGCCUUUGCCGACUAGGUGCUGUACUUAGUUAAGUUCUGUCCUCUUUCUAGUGUCUGCUCAAAGUUUCUCCCAGUUUUCAUUGAAAACUUUACAUUGUGUUCACAAGUGUUCAUUUCUGAUAGUGAAGAGUACUUUUUCUGGGGAGUGGAAAACUACUAAGGACUAACUGACAAUGUCACAUUAGCUAACAACCAUAAAAUUUAGUAAGAACAGUUGUUUAAGUAAGGGUGAUCACACUGAGUUGGGGGAGAUUGUGACAGAGUUCAUGAGACCUUGGCUCCAAAGAUGUUCAUUUGGAGACAUUGUUACUUAGAAAAUUUGGUUCAGAAACGCUUAUUACCAACUGUUUGAUUAAUUUAACACCCAUUGGAAAGCUAACUUAGGUUAUUUGAUUAUGUGUAUUUGAUGAUUCUUACUGAAUUCCUUUGUUAAGAAUGUCACUGAAAUAAUAUGUAACAGUGAAAAACUACUGUUCUUUGGGUUUCAUUCAUUGUUCUAUUCAGGGUCCUUCAUAUUAAAUUUGGGGCAGUUUCUUUGAGAUGUCCUGGAUAGCAUCCACCCACAGACUUUUCUGGAGUUCUGAGAGUGCCUUAGGCAUUUGUAAAUUAUGCCUGUUUUCUUGAUUUUUAUUCAUAGGAUUUUCAAACUGUGCUAUCAAAACCUUGCUGAAUGUAAAUCUCUCCAUAAAAUUGUUUCUCAAACAACCAGGGAAUAUCUAGUUGGAAUGCUUCAUUGUCCAGUUUUGAGAAGGAAAUCUAAAGCAAAGAAAGGAGAUUGAGCCUCUGAAGAAUUUAGAGGAUCAGUUUACCUGUUUUCAGACAGCUGGUUCGAUGCCCAGACCUGAAUGCUGUGCUCCAGCUGUGGCCUCACCGGUGCUGAAUAGAGAGGAAGAGCCACCUUCAUAGCUUACAUGUGAUUCCUCUGCUUACACAACCCAAUACUGGAUUUACUUACUUUGGCAAGAUAGCUGCAUUGUGCACUGUAUUUAAUGUUACGUGUACUGUAACCCUGGGUCUUUCUCUGCAUUGCUGCCGUCAAGCCCUCAAUCCUGCCAAUCUAAACCUCCUGCCUUUGUUUACCUGCCCUCCUCCCUUAGACUCCCUAUGCAUUCAUGCACAAUGAAUGUCAUCUUUUUAUCCUCUGAUUCCCUUACUUUAUUCUUAAACUCUGGCAAGACUUUCACUCUGUCCUAUAGAUUUUCAAUGGUCAGCCAACCCUCCGCCCCCUGCUUUGGUAAGGGAGCAUCCCUCAAGCCUUUUCUCGGGUUCUUUUCCAUUCGUAGCCCAGAAGCCUAAGCACUUGGUGUGGUGGAUUGAGUAAGCAUUCACCUGGCAUUUCUGAAACACCACAACUCUGGUUCGGCCCCUUAAAGUUGUUACCUUGCUCAGCUGAACCUAGUUCAGUUUAGAUUUCCUUGACUCUUUAUGACCUCUGUCUUGGUGGAUAGUUUAGUCCUACAGCCCCUCCUCCAGGGAGGCGAAAAUGUACCAUCAACAUCAGUGUACCGGAGAGAUUUCUCACAGUAAGGAAGUUAACUGUUAUCUUCAGAAGAGUAGCCGUUAGUACUCGUAGAGUUCUCCAGUUGGAGGUGAGCUCGCUGGAUGUUUCUGAGGUGAGUGAGGUGAGUGAAGCAAGGCUGGCUGCUCAAGUGGAGUGCACAUCACCAAGCAAGCCAGCUGGUGGGCCUUGUCGGAUUUCGUAGCUGACUCAAAUGGGAGCUGCAGCCUCAUCUUUCCUGGACUCGGGAGCAUCGUGAUCUCUGAUUUAGAGAGGGUUUUAGUUGGUUUGUUUAGGAUUGUUGAUACAGCCGCCCAGUCUUUUAAUGAUAUGCUUUGAUUAAGCAUUCGGAGGCUAAUGUAUUGUACAAUCUUUUCUGUGGGUGGUAAGAAUUGGAAGGUCUCCAGUGUCCUUUUUAUCUACGUGUAAGCUCUCUAGUGAAUCCUAGUGGGUCUAAGAGUAGCAGUUAAGCCGGUGUUUGAGCACCCCGCCCCCAUCUUAGUGGAUAUAUGUGCCCUGUAUACAGACUGCCCUUGAAUUUGUGGUAUUUAUUAGACCUACAAAGUACUGCUUACGUGUAUUUCUAUCUUGAAGGAGAGAAAGGCGGUUUGGAAAUCUUUUUAAUGCAAUUUCAGUAUAUCAAGUUAGACAUUACCGAACACCUGGUAGAUGUCAGCACGUUGUGCUAAUUUUAAACAUGUGUUACAGGUGUAUACUUCAAGUAAAAGGUGUUUAUAGCUGUCAGAGAUGGCUGGUUUCAGUAUUCACAGUUACAUAACCAAAGAAAAUUGUAAGCUCAAUUUGGUGGCUUUGAAAAAAAUGUCUUUUCUCUGGUUUCUCCCUAUGUAUAUUAUAAGAACUUGGUGAACCUAUUUUUCAUGAGAAUAAAUGUUUGCAAAUGUAGGAAGAAAAUGGUAGAGUUGCUGUGCCCUGGUCACUUUCUUGUAAGGAUGACACCCUUCUUGGAAGGGAAUGUUAGUUUGGUUCCUUGGCUUCUGGGGUAACUCUCAGUGACCGAACUGAGUGGACUUUGCUGUUGUAGGAAGCCAAUGAGUGGCGAGAAGGGCGAUGGUUUCCAUCUCCAUUUAUGGUCUCAGGAGGGGAAAUGGUCAGGGCUGGGACUCUGUAUUUACAGUCUUGGAGGAGUCAGGAGUGGUUGGGGUGUUCUUGGAGGCAGAAACUAGACAUCGUAAGAUAAAAAUAAAUUGUCAGAGGCUGUUUGCAAUUCAAAUUCCGAUCUCUGAGGAGGGGGAAGGGCGCUGGGAGAGGGGAGUUCGAAGUCAAAUGAUAUUUGCAGCGCUUGUCUCUUUCCAUUGGGAGAUUUGACCGUGACACAUAUUUCCCAAGUUUUUGUUUCUGAUUGUUUAAGAAAAGUUUUGUCCUAUGGGGUCAAAAUUCUCUGUUACAAAAGAAAGCCGAGAUGAGUUUUAGAGAGUUUAUGCGAAGCCUCAGUUUUCUGUAAGGAUUGUUUGAGGUGGUGGGAGAGAUUCUGUGAAAGGGAAGGUGGGUAGGUGCUCCUGUGGGGGUCCAAGCUGCAGGUGGGUGACUGUGUCAGGAGACCUUGUGGCUCAUGCUCUUAUUAUUCUGUUUGCCUAUUUGGAUUUCAGGCCUCAGGGAACAGAGUUUUAAAGAGUCCUUGAGGAAGUGUCUUGUAGAUUGUCAGUUGUGAUUUAAAGAUCCUGCACCUCACGGAGAUCCGUAAAGUUCCAGACUUGUUUUAGUUUGGUGAGAAUAGGUCAUAUGUUGGCUGAUGGAAGGUAAUCUCUCCUUUAGGAAAGUCUUAUAGUCUUGACAAUGCUUAUACAUUAGGUUACAGAUAAACUAGUUUUAGCAGCUAAAUUAGAAAAUAUUUAGGAGCCAUUAGGGAAAGGGGGUUUUGUCUCAAGCAAAUUGUCAGUGAAACCGUGUGAUGGGGAAGAGUGAUUAGAAGGAAAGGAAAGCAAACAGGCAGACAUCGCACAGCCUGAAUGUGGCUGGGUUCAAGUUGAGACUGAGUCCUUGGUGUCCUUUUGAUGUAUCUGGUAAGAUAGCAUGAGGUGUACUAUUAAUUUCAGGAACUGGGCCAGUCCGAAAUACAUAGUAGAAAUAAAGACCAUAGAAAACAAGAGAGAGGAACAAGGCAGAAGUUACCCAGGUUUUGUUUAAGCUUGUAUAAUGCAUUUACCUGCUGUGCCGGGUGAUGAGAUGGCUCCCUUCCUCACCCACCCUGAGAAGGACGUCAGCCUUGUUGGUUGGUUUGUUGAUUUGUUUAGCUGGCGUGUGAGUUGGUAGAUUAGUAAAAUGUAGGUAUUAGUGUGCUAUUAUUGGUCAUUGUGUCUGAGACUAGGGGCUUGUGACAGGCAUUUGGUUUGAUUGCUGCUCCAGUUGUAGACGUGUUUGCCAUGACAGAGUAGUUAGUAAGGAACAGACUCUGUAAGUGAUCUGUUUCGUUAGCUACUUGGUCUAGACAGCUAUUUUCCCCUGUUCUUAACUAAGACUAAGGACGAUGUUUUCCACUUGGGGAAAUUCUUCUUUCUGUCCUCUUUCCCUCACGUUUUCCAAAUUCUGGGCACCAUAGCAGCUCUCUCUCCUGUGGCAGGUGUGCAUCCUAUUGGCUGGCUGGUGUUUCUUUUUUUCCUCCCCCUUAUCCUUUUUAAAUGGGGGAGGGGGCAUAAAAUAUGUAUAUUGGGUACAUGCAAUAAUGUUGUAAUGUUUCUUGUUGUUUUAAUUGAUAAUUGCAAAAUAAUUGUUUGAAUUAUAACAUGUUUGAGUAAAUGCUAAACUAGUAUUUUUCUAAUAUAAUAAUGAAUUUGAAAUAGCAUUCCUGUAACAAUGUGUCUGUUUGUCUGUCUGUGUCUGUCUGAUAGUAAUUAAUAUCUGUGGUCCGUAUCUGGAGGAGGAAGUACAGCUUUAAAGGAAUAACAAAAGACUUUGUGUCUUAGACCCUUCGCAGGUGUUACAGUCGGGUGAAAGAACAUGGUGUUGGGAAAAGAAAGAGCAGUUACACAUUUGAACAGUUGGAACAGGUGUUUGGUCAGGGAGGAUGGGAUGCUCAGCCCUGCCAGCCUGUACUUAUUAACAGUAGUGGCUUGUACCAGGAGCUGGAGUCAGACGGCAGCACUAUGGAGGACUAUUCACAGGAGGACUGGGGAAACCACAGUCAGGAUCUCCAUGGCUAUCCAACAGAUCAGGAAUUGGAUGAUAUGCCAGUUUCAAAGAGAACGUUAAAAAUAAAACAAGAGUCUUCUGAAGAGGCACAGAAGCGAGACACCAUGCAGAAUAUUGUACAGAUUUUGGAGUCGGUGCAGUUGAAAUGGGAACUGUUUCAGAGCUGGACAGACUUUUCAAGGCUCCAUCUUUCCAACAAAUUGGCCAUUUUUGGAAUUGGCUAUAACACCCGCUGGAAAGAGGAUAUCCGUUACCAUUAUGCUGAGAUCAGCUCACAGGUGCCCCUUGGCAAGCGUCUUCGGGAGUACUUCAACUCUGAGAAGCCUGAGGGACGGAUCAUUAUGACCCGGGUGCAAAAAAUGAACUGGAAAAAUGUUUACUACAAAUUUUUAGAGAUCACCAUCAGUGAAGCGAGGUGCCUAGAGCUGCACAUGGAGAUUGACUGGAUACCCAUCGCUCACUCCAAGCCGACCGGGGGCAACGUUGUUCAGUAUUUACUGCCAGGAGGGAUUCCUAAAAGCCCAGGCCUUUAUGCCAUUGGCUAUGAAGAAUGUAUCGAAAGGCCGCUCUCACCAGAUGUGGACCCAGGGAAGGAGGGCCGUGCUGACCUGGAAACCCUCUCCGCACAAGCCUCGUUACAGGUGGAAGUGGAACCCGCCCGGAUCGUCUACUGCUACCUCGGCAUUGCUGAAGUCAGGACUCUGCAGCAAUGCUUGUUCUUACACUUCCAAGCAAAUACCAAAACCUUCAGUAAGGAUUGGGCUGGCAUUAAUGGGUUUUUGUCUCAGAACUGUAUUGUGGAUCCUGGAGUUUCCCCCAAAUCCAUCUAUAUCAAAUUUGUAGAAGUAGAGAGGGAUUUUCUUUCUGCAGGCUCAUUAGUUGAGUGUCUGGAAAAAGCCAUUGGUUAUCCCUUAAAAUUUAACAACUGAGUGUCAUCCUUCAUAAGGAUUUGGGCUUGUGCAUUCUUGUCCCUCCUUCCCCUUACCCAGACUACCCUACACACAUCCAGAUGCUGCCGUCGGACUCUUCCUGGGAGCUCUUUCCACGAUGAGACCAGUACAACCUCUAAGAAAUCAUAGUAGCCUCUGGGCAGAAAAAGCAGACCUCACCUGAAAUGCUCAUUUUGAGCAAGCAGGUCUUGCAUGGUGGGUCAGUUCUUUUUUACAAAAAGAAAACAUCGAUUUUGAAAGUGCUUUUAGAGCCUUGGUGUAAACAAAUGUAGGUACAUUCCAUAUUGGACAAAACUUAUACUUUGAGUUUCAUAUGAAAUUGAAAAUUGUAUUUUUUUCACUAUGUUUCAUUUUUACACAUCUCUAUAAGUAUUAUUUACAACCUUGAAUAAAUAAGCAAUAGAUAAUGGCAAGUAAAUGGAGUCACAGUGAAUAAAACUGUUUUUUGAAGAUUCCCUUUAGCUACUAUUGUAUAUAAUUUAGAGUCCAUUUUUUCACCAACCAAGUGUUUUACUAUUUCCAAUCAGUGUUGCCUGCAAAGACUUUUGUUUAUGUGAUGUACCAACUUUUAUGGUUGUGUUGCCAUUUAAACUUAAAAAAAAAAAAAAAAUUAAAGGAAUUCCUAACUUCG